UUAAUAAAACCUGCACAAUGAACUUCAACAUACUCUUCGUACUGCUUUUACACGUCUUUGCAACCCACGGUGAACUUAACCAGACCACACUAACAAAGAAAUGGGCGGCGUUCAAGCAAACAUACAACAUGCACUCCUUCCAUCCAAAAGAAGAAAAUUUGAGAAAAUCUAUUUUUGAAAAGAGAGUCGAGAAAAUCGAAGAUCAUAACGAAAGAUACAUGAAAGGUUUAGAAACGUACGAGAUGGCCGUCAAUCGGUUUGCUGCUUUUACAGAAGAGGAAAUGCUUCAUUACACCGGUGGUCCCAAAGUGUCUCCAAAAAACCGUACUUCUGGUUCCUACAUUUUGGUAAAUUUUUCCAGUCUACUCGCACCAAGAGCGAACGCACCGUCAUCUGUGGACUGGCGAGAAUUAGAUAAAGUAUCACCGGUAAAAUAUCAAGGAGAGUGCAACUCUGGAUGGGCGUUUUCAGUUACUGGGGCGAUCGAAGCUCACUAUAGAAUUAAAUAUGGUUCAAAAGUCCGUUUGAGUGAGCAGCAGCUGGUAGAUUGUGCACCCGAGUGGAAUGGAUGCUGGGGUGCUGAUAUGGACACGGCAUACGAGUAUAUUAAAAACAUUGGAGGCAUUAAUUACAGCUGUGACUACCCUUAUCAAGCUAUUGAUAGUCGUUGUCGAUACAGUGGGCGAAAACCAAAAGUGACUAUUAGAAAUUAUGGUUAUUUGUGGCCUCAAGAAAAAGUGUUACAACACUAUGUGGGAACAUAUGGUCCAGUUUCUGUGAAAAUUCACGCUCAGAAGGACUUUGUCUACUACAGUGACGGAGUUUACUAUAGUGAGAAGUGUUCCAAUUUUUUGCUAAACCAUGCCGUUCUUGUUGUUGGAUAUGGCACUGAAAAUGGUGAAGAUUAUUGGUUGGUGAAGAAUUCAUGGGGAUCGCGCUGGGGAGCAGAUGGUUAUGCAAAGAUGGCGAGAAAUAGGGACAAUAAUUGUGGAAUAGCCAGUAACGCAUUCGUUCCAAUACUAAAACUUAACAAAGUGUAUCAAAAACCACCAACAACAGCCAAAAUGAAGAUCCUUAUAGUUCUACUUGUGAUUUUCUACACAUCCCAUGCCAUUUUACCCAGAUCUGCGGUUAACGAAAAAUGGGACAAGUUUAAGCAAUCCAACACAAGACGUUUCGGCAACGCUCGAGAGGAACGCUUCAGAAAAACAAUUUUCCAUAAGAAGAUCCAAGAAAUAGAAAAUCACAACGAACGGUACAGAAAGGGUUUAGAAACCUACGAAAUGGGCGUCAACCAAUUUACCGAUUACACAGAAGAAGAACUGAUGGCGUACACCCACGGGUUGCAGGUACCUUUGGAAGAACCAGAGCCUCUGAUUCGAAUUCCAGCUAAUGGGUCUGUUUCCUCAAGAGCAGCGCUACCGGCGUCUUUCGACUGGCGUAACAGUGGCAUGGUAACGCCCGUCAAAAACCAAGGAAGUUGUGGUUCCUGCUGGGCGUUUUCAACAACCGGUGCACUCGAAUCCCAUUACAAAAUUCGGUAUGGUUCUACGGUUACUUUGAGCGAACAGCAACUGGUGGAUUGUGUUCCGGAAGCUGGUGGUUGUGGUGGAGGAUGGAUGGCAGAUGCUUACAUGUAUAUUGCAAGAAAUGGAGGAAUUAACUACGAUCGGGAUUAUCCCUAUCAAGGGUUAGAUUCCUAUUGUCGGUAUAACUCUGGUAGAUCGAAAGUCAGUAUCAGAGGGUAUGCUUACUUGACCGGACCUAAUGAAGACAUGGUUAAGGAUAUGGUUGUAACUCAAGGACCGGUUUCUGUCGCUAUAGAUGCUAAUGGUCCUUUUGCUAGUUAUAGUGGUGGUGUUUACUACAACCCUUCAUGUACCACGACUACGUUCACACACGCGGUUGUUAUUGUUGGUUAUGGUAACGAAAAUGGGCAAGAUUAUUGGUUGGUGAAGAAUUCAUGGGGUCCUAAUUGGGGGCUGGGAGGCUACAUUAAGAUGGCACGGAAUCGUAACAACAAUUGUGGGAUUGCCAGCUAUGCUAGUUAUCCUGUUUUUUGAAUUAACACAUGGUACAAAAUUAUGUAAACUAAAACUAAAACAUGUAUUAUUAAUCAUUGAAUAAGAAUAAAACAAAAACGGCCGAA